AUGUCCUACAACAUGCAAGAGAAUUUGACGCUGCAACAUCGUUUGAAAGCUGCACGCAUUGCCUUCUCCAGACUGCGCAAAUGGCUCUGUGCACGCGACAUUCAUCAACGGACCAAGCUGCGUUUGUGGAAAUCUUGCAUCUAUUCCACCCUUACUUAUGGUUUGUUUGCCAGCAACAUCACCUUCACUGGCUUGUAUAAAUUGACCACUUUUAUGAUGAGCACACUUCGAAAGGUGGCAGGAGAUCACAGCUACAUCACAGGUACCAAUAAUGCACAGUUUCUCAUGCAACAUCAGCUGCCGCAUCCUUUUGCCAUGCUGCUUCACUCUGUGGAACAGCUGCAGUACAUGCAGUGUCAGAGACUUACCGCAUUGUUGCCACAUGACAUCCUGCACACCGUAGACUGGACGAAUCUCCACAGUCUCAAAGACUUGAUCAAUACAGCUUGGGACGCCCAGGAUCCCCAAUCGGACCUUGUCAUCACCAUGACGGAGGAGGCGAUGCACAGACACUUUCUAGCCUCUGGCCAUGCAGAUGCAGUUCAAAGCUCAGGGCUACAAUCCAAGGAUUUGGCAAUUCUGAUGAGCAAGCCUUAUGGACCUCCAUUGCUCUUUGCCAUUGAACAGGGCACCUGGUCUCCGCUGAGAGACCUCGUGCAGGCGCAUGCAGACUUGAGCCACUACUGCAUUCUCUGUGGAGUCUAUUUUUCCAGGAUACAGGAAUUGAACAUGCACAUCAGGUGCCAACAUGGUCAAUAUGCAGCCAACGUUUUUGCCAAAGCAGCACAACUUGGACACUCUCAAGCAUCCAAUACACCCUGUGCAUUUUGCCAGAAACAUUUUUUGCGCCAGCACCAAUGUCCAUUCUGGACUCAGAUUGCCUUGAUCUUGGUGAAUUUCAAGUCGACAGGUCCUGCUCCUGCUCAUGAUGACAUUCUCCUUCGAUGUGAAAUUUGCAGACAACAGUAUGAUGAUAUGCAGGCGCUGCACAAUCAUUUGUACAAUGAUCAUCGGCUGGAAAUUCAUGAUUGGUUGCCAAGUAGGGACAUGCUGGGAGCAGAUCCACCGAUGGAAGAACUGCCAGUUGCCUCAACCUGGCAACAGAUCAUCACACAUGGGACCAUGCAUCAACUUAGAAGUGCACCGAUGCAACGCCUUUCUCUCACACUGCACUGCCAGCUUUGCGGGGUUAGGUUCGAGCGUCAACAAGAUCUUGCUCUCCAUCUCCAAUCUGUUCACUCUGAACGCUGGACGAAGACUCAGACCAUGGUCACUCUCAUGCUUCAAGUUGGACAGAUUGAUGGACAUUGCAUUUGCAAUCCACAAACAACUGCCGGGGGACUUGCUCACGUGUGUUUGGCAUACAGGCAGCUCUCCAUGCUUGCGCAAAAGAUGGACAUUCACCUCUUCUUGCCGUGGACUUUUGACAUCAUUGAGACUGAACGUUUCCUUGCAGGCAUUCAAACUCAUGCCACAGUUGAAGCCAUUCUUCAGAUCCUGACUGAAAGACGAUUUACUGAACUUUGGCUGAACAGCAGUAUUUGUCAUCUUUUUCGCACUGUGUGUCUGAUUUGUGGAGGCACAUUCCAUCCAGCGGUCCUUUGUGAACAUGUGAAGGCGAUGCAUGCAGCAGAAUGCACCUGGAUUCCAGAGCUGUUUCCACAACUGCUGCCACUCUUUCUGAACGACAUGUUGAGUGAUCACCAAUGCAACUUUUGUGAACUUGUAUUCAACUUGCCGUUCGAGAUGGACCCAACUCCUGAACAGCAGCAACAGAGAGACAAUCUGCUGCCGGAUCAACAAAUGGGAGACGCGGAGAUCUUGGAGGCCUUCAAGGCGAUGGGACCUCUUCUCCUGCAAGAUCGGUAUGCCAGGGACACCAAGGAAGAAAAAGAGCCAAAAAAACCCAAGCGGAAUCACGGUCAAGGACAGCCAGAACCCAACAUGGAAGUGGUCAAACUGGUGCGCCUCAUGGGCCAGAUGAUCUUGCGACUGGAUGCAGAUCAACAACUGAUGCGAAAGCAAGACUCAUUCGUCUUCUUUCUUCAGCCGGCAGAACCAGCUCUACUGCCCCAACUGAUGCUGAGAGCGAAAGAAUGGCAUCAGCACAUGAAGCAGCAAAAACUGCCAGUGGAAGCACAGACGGAUUAUGUCCCGCUACGCAUCAGACUCUUCCAGGACCUGGCCUUGAUGAUGGAGGACAGGGUGCUCAAGCUUUCCAAAGCCGAUCAGAAGGAUCAACUCUGGACAGUGGCCAGGGAUCACGGCAUCAUCAUGGAGGACGGGAGCUUUCCGUUCCAACGGUGGAAUCCACAACAGCAGGCACUCAUCCAAACCAAGCAGGAACAUGUGACAAUGCCGCGCAUGAUCAAGUACAUGACUCAAUUGAAGGAGGUCUCACGCGAUCACACGGCAAUCUUCAAAUUCCACUCGUUGAAACAGAUGGACGGACAGCAGACAGUCCCCUGGAUUCUUCAGACGGGACUGCGCCACGACGAGAUUCAGAGUCUCAUGGAAGUCCUACAAGGAUGCACGGUUUGGGGACUCAUCGGUGCAACGAUGAAACCUCACACACAGACUCAAAGCAAACAGUGUCAACAACUGCAGCAGAUGCUGGGGAAGGGCAAAGGGAAGACCAAUCAUCUUCACAGCAAGUCCAAUGGCAAAGGCAAGACCAUCCACGGAUGA